CCGUCAUCCUCCCCUUCAAUAUCCAUCCUAUCAGCAUCAUCACCCCCAAUCUCGAAAGGAUCCUCCAUAACCAAAUCCACCCUCUCCACCCCCUUCCCAUCUCCUACCCGUGCCGUAUCCCCAAACCGAGCUUGCGCGACCAGCUUGGCCCGUUUAUUCACCCUCUCUUCCACCGUCGGUCUCUCCCUCCUCUUCUUAUCACCAUUCCCUUGUUCUUCCUCCUCUGCUGCAUGGCUCAACGGUGGGCUAGGCAAAACAGUACUCAACGGGGACUCUUUGACCUUCUCAUCCGCAUAGAUACUCCACCCACCACCUGCCGCAUUGCCUCUCGUCGCGCCCCUUCGAUCGAGCAACCCCUCCAGAUUUCUUGUCGUCAAAGAAGUACUCUGCAGCGUGACCCUCUGCCUCGGCAGUGACAGCGCCUUUGGUAUCCCCUCCACCAGCAGUGCCCUAAGGGAUUUCGAUUCUGACGCCCCUGCCGGGCCGGUAGAGGUGGGUUUAGAAAUAAAAAUGUUUGGUGAGCCAUCCGGGAAAGCGAUGAGUAUCGUCUUGGAGCCAGUGUCCAUGUUGCCAUUGGAGGAUAGGGACAAAGGGGUGUUGUAGGGGGAGUCAAUGACAAAGAUCCUCAGUAUCAGUAAGGGAAGCGUCUUGUGACGGUCGAGGUUGUAGUGUGCUUUGAUAUCAGGCAGGAUUUGAGCCUGGAGCGAUUUGAGAAACAACGAAGGGUGAAACCUUGGUAUGGUUAGUGAUGUUUUGUCGGCUUCCAGCGGCUGCACCUCGCCGUCGUCGUCCUCUGUUGGUGCUUUCAGCGGGACUAUGUUAUAGGCUGACCAUUUCUGGGAGGUUGGGUGGUCGUAGAGGUAUUGCAGGUCUGCGAUGGCGAGCUGGUAGAGCGAUACCCCGUGGCGCCAGUCGCCUGUGGUGAUUCUGUCUAGGACAUCUCUUUUGGAGCCUUUACGAUUCUGGAGGGAGAGGUACUCUUCCCGGAGCUCCUCCGGGGAUGAGGCAGGGGGGUAGAAGUCGCCGUCAUCUUCUUCUUCAUCGUCGUCCUGGUCUGGACGGAGGUAGGGGGUGGCUAGAGAUAGGUUGUCCUCGUCUAGCCAGUCCAAGGCAACAGAGAUGAGAGAAGCGCGUGAGAGCCGGCUAAGAAUUUUGGUGACUGUUGUGCUGGAAGGGUUGACGCGUAGAGAGGAGGGCAGAGGCGCUGUGGUAGGGACUGAUAUUCGGGACAUCUUCGGGCUUAUGAAUGAUGAUGCUGGAGAUUAAGAAACAAAUGGAGCUCCGUGAAAGCAAACAGAAUGGGUUGCCGUAGCCGGGGUGUUCCGGAGAGGGUCCGUUCCGGCGAACGUCAACAAUGGAUCCGCUCGCACCGUGUUUCCGGCGAGCUUCGGGGGGGUGCAGGCCGAGAAACCCGGAAUUGAUUUACAGAGCUGAGCUGGUCCAGAGCCCCCACGCCGUUUUGCAGAACGUGUUGGCAGUUGGAGCGCGUUCUCGCGUCACAUGGUGGUCUGGACCGCAGUGUGUGGCCCGUGCUCUUACCUAGGUGAGCUUCACCCCGCAAAUCACAACGGCACAGCGCCCACGCACCCCGCACGCCUCAAUAUCUUGGAUUUUGACAUGUCUCAUCAGCGUUUCCUCUUCUUUUGAUGGUUCUAGAUGAACGGUAGUACACAGUGUAUUCUGAAAAAAAAAUCCGACCAAAAGAACAGCUACCAUUAAAAGAUUUUAGACGAUAGGAAGGGGCAAGCGUCUAUAUCGAGCCGCUGACGUUGCCGAGCCACGUAUCGGGGUGCCGAGUAUCGGAGCGCGCGGAGACAGGUGGGAGCCAAGCAACAGACAAAGAAAGGGCGGGAAAACACGUUCCUGUACCUGUCGUGAUAGGGUCAAUGGCACAAAGAAGGCCCUGAGACUGAAGAGACUGAAGGUUUCGUAGGAGCGGAAUUGCUAACGCAGGUUCGUGAUGGAAAUGCAAAAAAUUGUCUGCAAGCGCGUGGUUCUUAGCAGUGAUUGGAGUCCUGUCCGUCUGAAGAGAGGGGCACUCGGGCAAUUUGGGUCUCGGCUACCGAGAGCGUGGGAGUCAAUGUGCCUCUGACUAAUAGCGACCAUCGGACCGUGGGUAUAGCGGGAAGCGCACCAGGGUUAUCCCACCAAAUCCACGUUGAGCGCUGUCUUCCGACUGUCUUCCCACUGGCCCGGGCGCCGAUUUCUUGAACUGUUCUCAUGUCCAGUCUCCAUUACUCUUCCACUUCAGCAACACACUGGCUGCCAACUUGAGGCCAUCAUCUCCAGCAGAGGGCCCCGUCUCCCAGCUAGCUCUCACUGCCCUACAUCCACCGACCCGUCUAGCUCUUUGUUUCAGCCAAAGACGCUUACUCGCCCGUACAACGCUCGCUUCCUUUUAGGAACUGAAGCCGAAGCGAGUGCCGAUUUGUUCUCCGGCCACCAAAGGACGCCCCGCCUCAUUCACCUCCCCUCGACCGACCCUUUGUCUCCCGCCCACCGCCCACCUGCCGACAUAUUCGCAAUUGUCUAAAUCUCAAAGGAACGGAUUUCGCAAUCACCAAUUCCACUCGACGACCAAAGACUCUUAAACGCCCCUCAGGCAAUCACCCCCGCGAGCGCGCGUGCUGGAGCUUUUAUUCGACGUUUGACAAGAGAGAGGAAUUAAACAUCGCCAUGGCCUACUCCAGCGCGCGGAGAGGUGUCAAUGUGACCCAAUAUCUCCGUGAAUUGAACCAAGAUGGCGGCGUGGUAGAGGAGACGCUCAUCACGGAUGAAGACCUCGCCAAGGACCUUGCGCUCUUUACCAACACUCAGUUCUUCGACUUUGAGACUGGCCAGAACACCGACUACCAAGCGCCACCUGUCAAGCCCGACACAUUACAAACAUCACCAACCGAGGAGUUGACGUCGGCCGACUCUAUCAUGGGUGACUUUGGCUUUUCUGAUUUUUCCAUCCCAGGCGACUACAGCUUCGGUGAUUUUGGCAGCAACUACACCUCGCCCACGGUCCCGGCCUUCCCAGACAACCUAGGCAACCUGCAGCCCAUCCAGCCCACCCCCCAAUCCUCCUAUGCCCCGCCAGUCCCCCAGCAGCACCAGCCAGGUCCCCCGAACCGCAUCCUGAGCUUCGAAGACGCGUCGCGCAUGGCCGCUGAGGAGGACAAGAGGAGACGCAACACGGCCGCCAGCGCACGCUUCCGCAUCAAGAAGAAGCAGAGGGAGCAGGCCCUCGAAAAAUCGGCCAAGGAGAUGACGGAGAAGGUUACCAUGCUGGAGGGACGCAUCUCUGCCCUCGAGACGGAGAACAAGUGGCUCAAGUCGCUCGUGACGGAGAAACACGGCGACAAGCAGGACAUUCUCGAGAAGUUCUUCAAGGAGUUUGCGGCCAGGGAAGCCAAGAAAGGAUCGUCGUCUUCGGGUAUCAAGGACAGCAUCAGCGCUGCCAGCUCCGCCACCGCCGUUGACGACUCGGACAAGUCGCCCGCCAAGAGGAAGGAUUGAGGUAUUCUUUGGUGACAAGAAUAUCAUAAUCUGGUUUUCUUAUCUGGGCUCUUCCGGUUUCGAGUCAUUUCAUCAGCGAGGGGUUUAACGGUGGGGGAUUGGAGAGGCCCUUUUUGCUGCGGAUAUACCAUAUCAUCAUCAUCAUCAUUCAAAUCAUCGAAGGCGUUUCAUCUCGACUUAUUCGGUCUUUUUUUGUUUUUGUUUCUUGUUUUGGUCUUGUCUGAUUUUACGACUUGCUUUUUUCAUUAUACCUGGUCCAUUUACCUUGGGUUUCCGGUGUUCUGGAGCUUUAAGGGAAAGCGGGAAGGGAAUAAGGCAAUUAUUUGGGGGGUGGGGAAGAGUAGGGAGUGGGUGGGAUUUCAGCUGAAAGGCUGGAGGGAAAAGAACGGAGGGGUGAUUUUGUUUAGUACUGUUUGCUUUUGGUGUUUUUACGAAGCUUGCAAGCUACAGAUCUCAUCAUCACUUUGUACCACAAGGCAGUUACAGAACACUGGUGGUCGUAUGAUGUCUUGUAUUUCACAUGGAUACAAGAGUUAUAUGAAUACUUUUACGAAGUUGAUGAAUGGGAUGGUCGGGUAGCGCAUAUAUAGCGACAAGAGGAAUAUAAAUAUACAAAAGUCAUAACAAAAUAUCAUGAUCACAUUGAUUGUUGAACACUAUUCUACUACUCUUUCUUUUCUGCUGUGUUGUUUUCAUCACCACCACGUAGAGUGGCCAAACGCAACUGGUUCCUCUUUCCCAGGACCCGAAGCGUGUUUUCCCUCUCGAACGAGGACAUCUCCUGCCAGUUGGCGAUGCGGGCCAGGGUGCCGUCCCUGUUGACGACCAUUGGUCCGAGGGCGUCGAGGGAGAUGGGGGCCCCGUUUACGACGACGGUGGUUGUUUUGCCUGGGGUUUCGGUCUCCUCGGUGCCGGGGGCGGGGAGGGCGGGAAGUGGUUGUUGUUUUGGGCUUGCGACAUUUGCGGUGGGGUCCUCGUCCUGAUGGGUAGUGGUUGCUGUUGUUGUUAUUGUUGUUGUUGAUGGGGUUUCUUCUUGUUCUUGCACAUAGGCGGGUCUAACGGCUGCUGCUGUGGGUGUGGCAGCAGAUGCGGCUGGUGUUGUUGAAGGUUGAUGGAAUGAUGGUGAGCGCCCGGGGUUGGGUGGCGUGCUUGUUGCGGAUGGGGCGGGGCUAGUGGUGGUGGUGCUGGACAUUGUUCUGCGGUGGUGGUGGUGGUGCAGUAGGUGGUUGUGAUGGUGGGGUAGCUGAGUUGAGGCCGUUGAUGAAGAAGAUGGCAAGAGUGUCCGAUGGGAAUGUGCUCUUCUGGGUAGUAGUAGUUGGGCGAAGAGUUGGGGGCGGAGACGCAUCAGUGGGUUGGGGUGAGUGGGCAGCUCACUCUCUUCUCGGAUAGGUGAGAAGGGGAGUGAGAAUGAGGAGGGUUGUGAGAAGGGAAGAAUGAUGUGAUGAUUGUGAUCGAUCUGACAGGAUGUCCCGUUGCAGAUGUGUUGCUUGGUUCUCUUUUGAUGCUUGGGGCGUUUUAAGGUUUGGGAAUGGCUUCGGAUGAUUUACCGUACAGGUGAGGUUUGUCGAUGGAGAUAUUCUUGUAUGUGCUGGUGUUUUCACUGAAUCAUGAUGCUUGAUGGAGACUGGAAACGUCUAGAACAGUCCCCAAUUUUACCUACGGUGUAGCUGAGGUGAGGCUAGCUGUUCACCUUGGAUGUGGUCUGUGCACUAUCUCUAAAUGUUUGCCAAGAAAGACCCUUUGAACCCGUGAGUCUAACAAAAAUGGCGACAUCAACAGUGUUGGUUGAUUUUUUCAGAAAGCCCAUUUAAAACUCUCACAAUAUAUCCUGAUGGCGGUAUUUACAGGUGUGUGACCCGCAGCUAAGGCAGGUUACACUGCUAAAUUGGAGCGAUAUGCGUGGUUGUCCCUGCUGCUGGUUGUCAUCGGUGGUGCUCAUGGUUCGCACAGGGACUUGAUCACGCAAUAUGCUAGCUGGAUGACUCCAGGUCUUCUUUUAAUGGGCCUGGAUUCUUUGCUCCUUCCCGCUUCCGACGGUAACCAGGUGUCUCUGGAAAUCCAGUGGGCAUCGUCGCUUCCCGAAAUGCACUUCCCACUCUGACAGGCUCCUUCCUGAAAGUCUUGACCGGUUAGGUGACCGCUGAAACCUUCCUCUUUCUUUUAUCUUCUUGAUUGACCGAGACGAGACUUCGCUGGCGGCUUGCGACGCGUGAUCGAGAACGUGGUGUGGCAGCCUCGCAGCACGAAUCAACCCCGACAUGACUUCCCCACAGCUCUGAACCAACCACAGCAGCAUGUUGGGCAACAAGAUCAGGGUCUAGCUUCGCUAUGGGGUAAAAGAAAACAGGAAGAGAGCGGGACAAGCACCCGGCCUCCCUCACUCUCCCCUUGGCCAGACCACCGGCGAGUCCUGUGGCUAGGAAAAGUUUGCAGAAGCACUUCAGCUUGCCUGCAGACGAAGGAUCAACGUGGGGGGGGUGAUAGUCUAACUCGUGGUGUUGGAUACCUGGAGUAACAAGCCUCGGCUCUUCACUUUGACCCACGGAACGUUAGGCCUCUGGCCAGUCACUCACCUUGUGUCUUUGAUCUUGUUGGCGAGAAUCUCGAAGAAAAGCCAUCGCCGUUUACAGUACCCUAUUCAAGAAACUACAGAGACGGUAUACUUCCCCUCAAGGUUUCAGGCUCAACUCAAACAAACGUCUUCCCACCAACGCGACUACGCGAACCGAUCCUAGCACACCGAGCCGACCCUCUGUAUUCAAUUGGCCACGUUCAGCCCACACAUACAUAUCCUUCGACCGGUCUGAAGCCCCCACGAGACAAUUUACAGUCACUAUUGAAUACGUUCGGCAUGAUGCGAGUUCAAUAUGCCCGAAUGCCCCUCAGUCUGACCCGUUGCUUGGUUCUUGUCUGUUGGGGACCGACACGGAAUGUAACGGCUCCUUCACGCGGCCCCAUCGGUCGCAACGUUCCGAUGAUAUAGUAGCAGAUGUCGACAAGUCUGCAUGAGUUUCGUCAUUCGAAAUAUCCGACGGCAAGGCGCUCAGAAAGGGAUAAUCCAGUGACUCUACCCGAUGGUAUCGGCAGCUGUUCUUGAUAUUCAAGGGUUGACAUCCACCAGUUUUAGGUUCACACAAGUCUGGUUGAGUAACGCCACUUUCAUCACCACACUCAAAACGAACCAAGACCGAACACAAGACCAGGCCACACUAUUUGAUUUGAAUUCCGGGCGCCCACAUUCGUGGCGUGCGUAGUAUAGCGGGAUUACAUUCUGCUUUUCGAGCGAAGGACUUAGGUUCGAUUCCUAACCACUCACCACACAGCGCAUUUGGCUUUCAGCGUUUGCUUUUGUGAUUUUUCUAUUUUAUCUUUUUUAUAUCCCUCCAGAAGGUCUUUGCUUUUGAGAUUCAACUCAUUACUUCCCCAAAAAAACAAGCCCUCUUCUUACUUACAAUUGUGUCUUCAAUUCAGCAAUACCUAAGUAUUCCACAGGCAUCUCGCGAAGCUUUCAGACCACAUUUUAUGCAUAUGAUCAUUGCGGCCAAUCGGAUCAUGCCGCGCGCGAGUUCGCUCAUGGUUUCAACAAGUCUCACGAUCCAGCAGCAGCACCAACAGCGAAGCAGAGAGUGGUAAAGUGUAUUGCACAGAGACUCAGUUUCAUCGAAUGCUCGAGACUAAACACAGAACAUACAUCAUCUCUCUUGCUUUUACAAAGCAGCCCCAAUUACAACGGUGAUCAACAAAGCCCCAGUCAUAAUCCACCAGUUGGCGGCAUCUCGGCCAGCAGAAUUCCCUCCAUCACCACCACCUCCAUUACCACCUUCGUUUCCUUCUUCAUUGUCAUUUCCUCCAUCACCGCCAUCACCACCAUCUCCACCAUUACCGCCAUCAUUGCCGUCCUCGUCAUCGACAACUUCCCUUUGCGAGGUGUUGACUCUCAUGCACAGGAGUCUCUUCGGGGCAUCAGUGGGAAAGCCGCCGUUGAGAGAUCUUACCAACUGCACCGGUGCGUUGACAAGCAUCAUGUGGAUGGCAUUGUGAUAGUUCCCGUAUAUGGUCUUGUUGUCGAGAUCAGAGUACUCCUCGCUCUGCAGGGAGAAAAACAUUGACCCGGAUCUUGCCUUGCUGAGAUCCACAAACAUUCGACCAGGUAGCAGUCUUGAAUCGGCCAUGUACCCGAGAGAUGAAGCACACUCUGGUGCAUCUGUCCAGGUCCCACCAGGGUUCUGGCAAGGUCCACCGUUGUUCAAGCCUGUGCUUCUGAUGAUGGAGUUGACACAGUCCGGGCCUAAAAUCGGAACACAGGAAGUGUCAUCCGUAUCUUUGUCAGUCCAGAGGUUGGUGAUGUUGGCUGGCCAGCCACGGUCUGUCAGCAGGAACUGAACGGUGCAGAAUGAAUUAUUUCCCAGUUCGGGAAGGGCUUCCGCAAGAGUGCUGUUUCGAGGAGCACCUCCCCAUGUCAAGUCGUACGAGGUGCGGACGGUGAAGUCAUCGGACCUGUUGUUGAAUGGGUCGGUCAGGCUGUCACUUAUGUUGACCCCUGUUACGAGCAACGCUUGUUAGUAUACCACUUUAAUGGAGACAACGUCGUAAACCUACGCCAUGUCCAUUCGAGAUCAGCAAGCGGAAUGACAUCGGGGUACGGGUUGAAGGUGAUGUUUCGAGUCGCGUUUGGGUUUUGGAGAGCCUGUUCUGCGAUCUCAAGACGGGUUUGGGCAGAUGCAAGCGUCACGAGACUGGCGGCGGCUAGUGCCGUUGCUUUGGAGAAAGAAUGCAUCUUCACUGCAGCGUCUCCUGAUUUGAGGUGCAUGUUGAUAAGCUACCCUGGGAUGGACCCAGCUGGAUGGAGGGCUCUUUUAUCCUCAACAGAGCCUCAGUCAAACUUCGACAAAGGCACACAGGGCUCUCAGUCGUCAGCCAAGUCGAUAUUCAGGCAGUGCGAGCGGCAAUGCAUCAUUCGACCAAAGGUUUGACAAGCUUGUUACAAACAGAGUGGCAGGGUUCACCGUCUGUGGAGGUCACAGUUGAGGGAAAAGUGCAACCUUCUCUUUAGGGUCAUUGCCUACUGUCGAAUCAUUCGGUUUGUGUUCUUCUUCUGAUCGAGUAACACGGCGAAUGUUGGUGUGGUUGAAAGUGAGCAGUGAUGAUGGCCUAGGAAUCCUUCUGCUCGAAACGACGUCAGCCAAGCCAAGAUUUUCAACGGCUUUGACCUUUAUGUAUAUUGCUGGGAAUCAAAGCACCAACAGACAGUGCAGACCCAAACAUUCUCAACCUCGAGCACUGCCGACCACCCAAGCUUGGCGGGCAUCACUGAGACAGACGUGAAUGUUAUGUCCGUUUGGGCCGUUGCGACGUUGUAGCUGUGUAACCGGGAAGCCAAGGUUUGAGAUCCGAGUGGACGAAUCAGCUAGGGAACCCAACCCUGGAUGUAAGACAAGAGGCGAUGUCUAUGACGGUGUGUUGCCGUAUGUUUUUGCGGCGUGAGUAUAGUGUUGCUGGUAUCUCGGUGAGCCACGAGCAACGAACAUAUCGCAUCGACGAUUGAGGUUCAUCAGCUGCCAAAAGGGGAGGUAGCCUCUCUGAAUUCAGGUGCCUGUUCGCUAGCUUUACUCGGAGAUUUUAUAUGCGUGAACGGGACGGGCGGGAAGGGUGCAUAAGGCUGAGGGAGAAAGCUGGUG